GUGGAGUUGAAAACAAAAAAGAAAUUUCCCAGCAAACACCACCGCCAACACGCCUUCUCCAACCUCUCGGCCGCCAUUUUUGCAAUCACUAGAAGAAAAAAGGAAAAAAAUGCCACCGAGAAAGAAGCUGAAGUCCUCUACCACCUCUUCUACUUCUACAGCUAAGAAGAAGAAAUCCGAAUCCUCUGCUGAUUCUCUGCAUCAGCAGCCUUCGAAGUUUGGGAUUCAACAUUUCUUCAAUCGCCACAACCAGAGCCAAAUCGGUUCUCCGGCUGCUUUUCAGAAUGAGUCGUACCCUCCGCCACCAGCGCCGCCUGCUGAACGUCCUCUUCUUUCCCCUAUCGCCGACCCCAAUAUUACCGCUCCCAUUCCCCAAAACCCUAAUCGUGCGGCUCUUGCUGCUUCAACUUCUCAAAUCUCUUCACCGCCCCCCGCGGCAGUCCUACAAUCUGUUACCGAUGAACCAGAGCCGACGGGUCAAGUGUUCAUCUCGCCCGGAGCUUCUAAGUCUCCCUCCCGGAAGCAAUUCCAUUUCUCGCCUCAACUGCUGAUAAAGCUGACCCAGGAUGAUGGGGGAGACGAGAUUACAUGGAAGAUAUCGCCCGUGAACGAUAGGCUGCAAGCUGUUUCCAAGCAUUUGCCUGACAGCAUUAAGACCUUGGCUGAUGCUUCGAAGCUUGCCUCCUUCGCUAUUCACCAUUGCGCGUUAGAUAAGGACAAGGUUACGCGGCUGUCUUCUUCAUUAGCCCCAGUCAGGGAAACUAAAGCUGGCUUCAAAAGGAUAAAAGCAUCACCGGAGGUAGCCAUCUCAGAGGGGAGUUGCGUAUCUAGUCAACCCAGUCCAUUCAAAACUCCCCCAUCUCUAACCUGCCAUCAAGAUAAGAUGGCCAACAUUUUUGCUGGAGCAUCUGAGGAACUAAGUCAAAGGCACCACAAAAAGGCAUUGAUUGAACUUUUAGAUCAAGUUGAGGAUGCAAUUUCUAUUGAAGACUUGAUGUCUGCGGACUUGAAUGCGCGUUCAUCCCAAGUCCAAGAAAAAGGUUGUCAGCAGAAGGCGUUCCAUUCCGAUCCUCCACAAACAAUUGAAAGGGCUCGCAAGAUAUCCUCAAGUAGCAAGUUUCUUGUACUGGAGGUUUGUGAAAAGCAUGGGCCUAGUGAUGGUGUGGCAGUUGAACGACCGUGUAAGGUUCUUCGCUUGCUUAACGAGAAAACAGGAGAAGAGCAAUCAGUCUAUUUGUGGGAAGAGUGGUAUUACAGUGUUGUUGCACCCGGAGAUACUGUCAAUGUGAUUGGUGAAUUUGACGAAUCCAGGAAGUGCAAUGUCGACAAGGACCAUAACUUUUUGGUUGUUCACCCAGAUAUAUUGGUCUCUGGAACUCGGGUUGCCGGAAGCUUCGGUUGUCAUAGGCGAGCUGUACUUGAUGAGAGACUAAAAAGCUUUGAGCACUCUGCUGCAGCAUUAAUUGGUACUUUGCUGCAUCAGAUUUUUCAGGCUGCUUUAAUAAAGGAGAAUCCUGAUGCUGACUUCUUGAAGGCGUAUGCCAGAACAAUCAUACAAAAGAACAUCGAGAGUUUGUACGCAUGCGGGGUCGAUGAAAAUGAAACGCUGAAGACCUUGGUUGACUUGAUACCCAAAAUGGUUAAUUGGAUUAUUAUGUUUAAGAAGUCACAGGAUUUACAAUUGCCAAAAGUUGAAUUUGGUAGCAACGAAGGGAUAAAGAAGCUAAGAAUUUCAGAGGUCUUUGACAUUGAGGAGAUGGGCUGGGCUCCCAAAUAUGGGUUAAAAGGAAAUAUUGAUGCUUCUCUUAAAGUGUCAGUUGAGUCAAGUACUAAUGGAAAAGCUGAGAAGAUAAUGCCUCUAGAGUUCAAAACCGGGAAAGUUCGGGAUGGACAGCUAUCAACUGAGCACAGUGUCCAAGUAAUCUUGUACACUCUCCUUAUGUCUGAGAGGUAUCAGGAACAUAUUGAUUCUGGACUCUUGUAUUACCUUCAACCAGAUCGUACACAGGGAAUUAAAGUACGAAGAUCUGAUGUUGUUGGAGUAAUGAUGCGUCGGAAUGAGCUUGCAAAUGAUAUCAGAAAGGCAUUAAUUUCACAAGUGCUGCCUCCAAUGUUACAGAGCCCAGGAACCUGCAGAACCUGCCGGCAUCUUGAUGUUUGUACCAUCUAUCAUAAGGUCCAUGGUGGCAGUGCAGAGGAAAGUGGCCUUGGCGAUGUUUUUGAAUCAAGUGUUCGCCAUCUAACAGCUGGUCAUCAUACAUUCCUCCGCCACUGGGAUCGGUUGAUUGACUUGGAAGCGAAAGAAACACAGCUGGGGAAGAAUGAGAUCUGGUCUUCGAAUGGUAGUCUACCAUCUUUUCUACUUGAUACAACAAGUAAACUUCCAUGCGAGUCAUCUACCAAAGACAAUGGAUUCAUCUACCGUUUUCUGUGUAAAACUUCGCCUACUCAUGGCACUGAUGGCAAAAAACUGUCUGGCCCCCAUGAUCUGGAUCACAUGUUCAAAACUGGAGACUUUGUGGUUCUUAGCACUGAACCUGACCAGCAAACCAUCACGAGAGGCGUGAUAGCAGAUAUCAACCGCUUCCACGUUUCUGUCUCCGUUUCUAAGUGCUUAAGACUACCCCGCCGCACUUCCUCAGAGGAAGAUGAUAUCGCUCAUAAAGUCUGGAGGAUUAACAAAGAUGAAUCUGUGACUUCAUUUUCUGUUAUGCGGUCCAACAUUACGCAACUCUGUCUGAAGAGUGAAGAAAGUACUCACCUUCGCAGAAUGAUUGUUGACCUUGAGGCCCCCAGAUUCGAAAGUGGAUGUAUUUAUAGCCAAGACCCAGCAAUUUCUUACAUUUGGUCAGUGAAGAGCUUAAACAGUGAUCAGCGUCGUGCAAUUCUUAAGAUGCUUGCAGCUAAGGACUAUGCUUUGGUAUUAGGCAUGCCAGGUACUGGCAAGACAUCCACGGUGGUGCAUGCUGUGAGGGCUUUCCUACUUAGAGGUGCAUCCGUCUUGCUUACGUCCUAUACAAACUCUGCCAUUGACAACUUACUGAUCAAACUAAAAGCUCAGGGAGUUGAUUUCCUACGAAUUGGAAGACUUGGCUCUGUUCACGAGGAAAUCCAAGGGAGUUGCUUUGCUGAUACAGACAACUUGGAGUAUAUCAAGCUGAGAUUAGAACAGGUGAAAGUUGUUGCCGUAACUUGUUUGGGAAUCACUAGUCCCUUGCUUACCGGGAAGAAGUUCGAUGUGUGCAUCAUGGAUGAAGCCGGGCAGAUCACUCUCCCGAUAUCACUUGGACCUUUGAUGUUUAGUUCGACGUUUGUUCUUGUUGGUGACCACUAUCAACUACCCCCACUUGUUCAGAGUGCAGAGGCACGAGAGAAUGGAAUGGGGAUAAGUUUAUUCUGCAAGCUGUGUGAAGCACAUCCCGAAGCAAUUUCAGCUUUGCAGAGUCAGUAUCGUAUGUCUGAAGGUAUUAUGAAACUAUCGAAUGCCUUGAUAUAUGGUGAUAGACUGCAAUGUGGUUCCUCAGAGGUAGCCAACACUAGGCUCAAGGUUUCCAGUCUCAAGUCUUGUUGUCUAUGGUUGAAGGAGGUCUUGAGCCCAGACAGGGCUGUGGUGUUUAUUAACACAGAUAUGCUACCUACGCUUGUGGCCAAAGAUUCAAAGUCAUUGAAGAACCCAAUUGAAGCUUACAUAGUCACCGAGGUGAUCAAAGUACUGACUAGCAGUGGGACUGAAGGCAAAGACAUUGGUAUCAUCACCCCCUACAACUCUCAGGCAAACCUUAUUAAGGCUGUUAUUAGUCCAACUUCUGUCGAAGUACACACGAUCGACAAAUAUCAGGUUUGACAUUUAGGACUGCAUUUUCAUUGCCACUUUACUCAAUCAGAUGGUAGCUUUCUGGUACUUCCAAUAUAUAAAUUAUGUUUCUUCCCAACACAAAAUAUCAGGGUAGAGAUAAGGACUGCAUAAUGGUAUCUUUCGUGAGGUCAGCCGAAAAUCCCAGGAGUUACAGUUCUUCACUACUUGGAGACUGGCAUCGGAUCAAUGUGGCAAUCACAAGAGCCAAGAAGAAGUUGAUCAUGGUGGGUUCGCGUAGAACCCUGUCAAAGGUCCCAUUGCUUAAGCUUCUGGUGGAGAAGGUCGAAGAGCAAUCCGGCAUUUUGAAUUUGAGCAGCGAUCAUAUUAGUUUGCAGGAGCUGGAGAGCUGGGAGCAGUAUCUGUAACUGAUGGGUUGUAGUUUAGCUGAUUUGAUCGACUGUAAAUAGUAAAUUUUGGUGCUCAACCCUGUAUCAUUUACUGUAGCAAGGCGACUUGCCAUCUAAUAAAUUGUGUUUAGUAUAUUUGUGUUUUUGUUGCAAUGUAAAAAAAAAAAAAAAAGUGAACCAAGAAGAAAAAAUAUAUAUUUAGUUGGAUAGUCCAUUCUUGUUGUCUAAAUUGUGGCAAUUAUUUUCCAAGAAAACCAUUAC